AUAUAUACAUUUACACACUGUGGUGUUACCAAGAUAUACAAACUUUACAAAUCUCGAACGAAAUACGCAUCAGGUAGUUGACCAUGAUAUCUUGAACUACAAACGCAACAGAUAGUUGACCAUAUCUCGAACGAAAUACACAACAGAUAGAUGGCCUUGAUAUCUCGAACUACAUACACAACUUGUCGAAGACAUCGAUAUCUCGAACUACAUAUACAACAAGUAGGGUGGCCAUGAUACUUUGAUCUCGAACUUCAAAUCUCGAAUUACAUGCACAACAUGUAGGAUAACUAGGAUGUCACGAACAACAUACAAAACUAGUCGAUGACAUUGAUAUAUCGAACAACAUACACAACAACUAUGUAUACGACAUAUAUGGCCACCCUGAUAUCUCGAACUACAUACACUACAACUACGUAUACAACAUAUAUGGCCACCAUGAUAUCUCGAACUACAUACACAACAACUACGUAUAAAACAUAUAUGGCCACCAUGAUAUCUCGAACAACAUACAGCAUAUCUGGUAGAACGCUCAUUUUAUCUCGAACUUCCCGUACACUCUGUUCCGGAUUCAUCAUUUUUUUCGCUUUUACUUGCUUGUUAAAGAAUAUAGAGAUAUUUUCUUAACUAAGAUUUUUCUUAACUAAGAUUUUUCUUAACACCAAUUAUGCUUACCAGUGGGAAAUUUUAAAUUAAGAAAUUUUCUGGGGUGAAGGAAAAUUGAUGAAAUCCGGGAUAAUGUAGGUAUGAUUACCAUUGUGAUAUUUCGAUCUACAUGUAAUUAGUUUGAAUCCCGCGACGUGGUUUAAUUAGCACCUGUUAUAAGUGGUACCUACUGUGUAAAUAAUUCGGUCACGUGAUCCAUUGACCUGGUGAGUUAUGUUGUGUAUUAUUUAUUCCGAUAAUGUAUUCCAUUGUGUGUUUGUACUAAUUCCGACAUAAUGUGCUGACAGUAAUAAAUGGCUUGAUUAUCACGUAAUAAUAAUAACCAGAUCUCUGACUAAUAGAGUUACUGAAAUGUACUAUACAUACACCACCUGUAUAGCAAUAUAUGUACCUAUAUAUGACGUUCUUUUUAUUGAAAAUCUGAUAAUGUCACCCGUACACGUAUAUACCUCUGGUAAGGGCAGUAUCCACGUCUACAGACAGGUAAAGUUUGUCUUUACAUGGCCUCACCGUAGAUUUUUGUUUGAUCUCGUACCUAUUUUGAACAACGUACGUGAACAGCUGAAGAAACUGCUCUAAAACCCUCCAUUGACUGAUGUGUGUCUCACGGCCGGACUUGGCGCCAUUACAGGAUUGCUUGUAACCAGUGUUUAGUUCACAUUCGGAACAUAUUGGAUUAUUCUUAGGCCAUGGCUUCUUCAUUUCUUGGACCCGAGACUCCUCGGCCUCUGUCCGUUGCUACCGAGGGAUAUCAGAAUCGUUAUAAUAUCCCUCAGCUAGGCGAUUCCGAAAAGUAUGUCUUUGGCGGAAAAUACGACGAAAAAUUGUUUACGUUGAUCCACAAAUAUCUGGAGCUGGGGACAACAGAUCGUUUCUGUUACAUCGGCGACAAUAAAGGAAGUUUUGCUCAGAGGAUAGUAGAUAAAUUUUGUCUCCUCGAACCUGCAAUGUCAGUCAUCCCCGGACAUUACAGCUACGUAGAAACAGACACGGAAAAAGUUCUCUCCAUACGAGUUGCGCAUGUCGGUGCCGAGGAGUACUUCCGGCAGUUGGCCAAAAGUCGGGACUCAAAUAAACCACAAUUUGACAAAGUGAUUAUAAUAGAUGCAAUACGCUACUUUGAGAAUCCUAUCGAUGUGUUUGAGAAUAUUAUGAAAUGUCUUUCAAAACAAGGAAAACUGCUUAUAAUUCACCGACCUGGUAAUAUAACCACACUUCCGGUUUUCAAAGAUGCCCAGCAAAGAGUUGAGGAGAACGAGACGCCAUAUAUGGACAUUAUAAACGCCCUACAAGCGUGUAAACUGGACGUUCAGUGGGAGUUAGAAUGCCUACCGGUAAUUGUGCCGAAACGGAAGUGGUAUUCGAUGCUUCGCGAAAAGUUUCCUCCACAAAUGGAGAUUCUGAGCAGCUCUGAGAUCAUUUCCGGUGUGCGUGAAUUGUCGGAAGGGGUCCUGAAGUACACAACACAUUGCGAGCCAGUCGAGUUCCUGGAUAGAUUGCUCUUUAUUUCCGUCUCGCCUUCCACCUUGGAGUGUGGCUACCCGCGGUGUAACCGGUACGGCGUGGGGGAUGUUAGUAAUGUGGACAUAAAGAAUCUCCGGUUUUCUAUGCAAAUGACACCGGAAAUCAAAGCAAAUGGUCCCAACGCCUGCUGAACUAGCAAAAGCAAAGGCCAAAAUACCAAUGACGAAAAGAGAACGUCGAGAAGCGGAAAACCCAUGGGUUUGGUCCACAUAGGACCAUAUAUCUCACAGACGCCUUAUUCACGUCUCUAUUUUGAGGCCAAACAUCAGUAUUAUUUCGUUUCCUGUCCUCUCACUAGAUUGCAGUACCACUAUUUGCUUGUAUUUUGUCAUGCACUUGCCUAAAAUAUUAUCAUUUAUUGUUGGUGUGUAUGUAGUAAAGGAAAAUGCGGUUAUACUUAGUGAUUGGAUAGUUUAUUUAUAGGUAUGUAAGUACCUAUGGUUUAUUUAUAGGUAUGCAAGUACUUUCGUGAUAAGUAGGACAGUUGUUGUAGGUGCUACUUUUUUUUUCUUAAAAUUAUUAAAAUUAUAAAAGUAAAUUUUGAUACAGGUAUCUCGUCUCUUUGGAGUGUUAGGGUUAACCCUAACCCCUAACUGUUUGGAAGUUUACCUGAACAGUUCACCUGAACUGAUUACCUGAACAGUUUACAUGAACUGUUAACCUGAACUGUUUACAUGAACUGUUUACCUGAACUGUUAACCUGAACAGUUUACCUGAACUGUUUACCUGAACUGUUUACCUGAACAAUUUACCAGAACUGUUUACCUGAACUGUUAACCUGAACUGUUUACCAGAACAGUUUACCUGAACUGUUAAUCUGAACUGUUUACCUGAACUGUUUACCUGAACUGUUUACCUGAACUUUUUACCUGAAUUGUUUACCUGAACUGUUUACAUGAACUGUUUACCUGAACAAUUUACCUGAACAGUUUAUCUGAACUGUUUACAUGAACUGUUUACAUGAACUGUUUACCUGAACUGUUUACAUCAACUGUUUAACUGAACAGUUUACCUGAACUGUUUACAUGAACUGUUUACCUGAACAGUUUACCUUAUAUAUAUAUAUAGAUAUGUUCAUCACUGUUUUCAAAUCUCAUGACGAGGACAGCAGAAAUCAAACGGAACAUAGUCAUUCUAUUUAAAUACAAGUGUCCGUGUAGUUCAGUGC